AUGCCGACAGCAAACCUUACCGAUGACGAACGCCGCCGAAUCCUGGAUGAGCUGCUGAAGCAGAGUUUGGGCGGCAAACUGCCACGAGGAGUCCAAGCCAGAGUUGCCAGAGAAUUCAGGUGCUCCGACGCCUCUAUUGGAAGGAUAUGGCACCGAUUCUGUGAGACGGAAGCCAAGGACGGUCUGGGAGAGUGGAAGAGUCGUAUUAAGCAGAAUUCCGGCCGGAAAAAGCAGAAUCGCGACAAAAUUGCCGCUAAAAUCCGGGCUGUUCCUAUUGAAGAAAGGAAGCCAAAUCGGCGACUUGCUCACGCGACAGGCAUCUCCAAGUACUUAGUGCAAGCACUUAUACGUGAAGGCGUAUUGAAGGUGCAUUCAACUCGCACUACACCCUACCUGACGGACAAUAACAAGUUUCGUCGUGUCGAACAUGUCCUUGCAUACAUUGACCCUACAAGCCUCAUGUUCGAUUAA